CCCACUCCUGCCUGCAGCCAUGUGUGUGGGGCGAGUGAGUGAGCUCCCCCCGGCCCCUGUUCCCUCCCUCUCCACAUCCCCCCUGGACGUCUAUUCUUCGUACUGCUCGCAGCACUGCAGCGUCGACGACAGACUCCGCAUCUCUGAGCGAAUGACACAACAGACACAGCAGCAGGCACGAUCACCGGACUGCUCGCUCCCUCUCUCUCUCUCUCUCUCUCGCUCUCAUUCUCACCGUUAGUCUGGCACAUGUUGAUGGCCUGUAUGGCUGUGAUGAAGUGGAUCUGGCUGCAGGUGGGGUCGGCCCCGCUCGUGGGCGUCAUGGGCGACGGCGCGUGGGUCGACGGCGUCAGGCCACCCGUGUUGCACGACGCUCCCAUGGGGCUCAUCUGCAGCGGCGGCGGCAUCAUCCCACCCCCAAUCUGGCCGGGCAAGAAACACGGCUGACACACACACACACACACACACAUGCCCGAGAGACGUAUGAGCGAGCCGUCUCUGUGUGCGUGUCGAUGUGUGAGUGACGUACGUACCUGGGUGUGGAAGACGUCAUUGGGCAGCAGUGGCGGCAGUCCCCCCUGCUGACGCACCAUGCUGGGCCCCCCUGCCGCCCCCUGCGGCACCUGUGGCUGCCCGCAGCCCAUCGCCUGUAUGCCGGCCGGCAUGAUCGCGUUGCUGCUGGGGCUCACGUGGUGUGUGGGCGACGCCAGGUGACACACGCGGCCGUUGUUGUUGAUGCUGAUGAUCGACGGGUCGUCGACGAUGGGGCCCAUCUCGAGUCGCAUGCUGGUGGCGGCCAUGUGGGCGUUGGCGGCCUCUACGGGCGGCUGCUGCUGCUGCUUGUUGACGGCGGCUGCGUGUGUGGGCGGCUGCAUGAUGCCCUCCUGUUUGGGCGAGGCCAUGCCGUAGCUGCCGUUGGACGAGUGGCCCCAGACAGACUGGCCCUCACUCUGGGUGGGCGUGUCCUCGGAGGACUCCCCAUCUGACGCACCCGCCCAGGUCACCGACUUGUCCGAGUGGGGUGGCGAGGUCGUCCCCCAGUUGUCGGCAACGCUCGGGUCAAUCGCCGAUGCCGUAAUCACCACCUCAGCCCCCCGCUGCUGCUGCUGCUGCUGCUGGCCCCCUUCGACAACGACAUCGCUAAUGGGCUGGGGGGCCGGCGACUGCUGCUGGUGCUGCUGCUGUUGGGUGUGGCCGAUGUUGUGCAGCGGGUGGAUGAUGGUGUGGCGUCUGCCGCCCCCGCCCGAGCGGGCCUGAGGUGUGCGCGAGGCCGCGUGGGUGGGCGUCAGGUCGCAGUGGGUGAUGCUGUGGUGGUCGUGCGAGUAGAAGCGGCCCCGACCGCCGUGGUGUCUGGCCAUGGGCAACUUGUCGCCCGCCUUGAGAUGGAAGAGCGGGCCGGCGAAGUGGACCGAAUGGUGGCGGCGGCGCUGCUCGUCGGGGGGCGGGUGGUGCAGUGGGUGGUGGUGGUGGUGAUUGCCACGUGUGGGUGAGGGCUGCGUGGAUGCGACCUCAGAGGGUGUGUCCGUCAUCAGGGGGUCGUCACACGGGUGCUUCCCCUCCGCCUGCAUCAACCUAACAGACAAAGGAUGGAACGGAACGAGGAGUAGACGAUGUGUGUGUGUGUGUGUGUCUGGUGUGUGGGUGAUGUCAAACAGUGAGUGUAGUGCAUGCUGAUUGAGCAUUUACUUGAGGGUGCGCAGUUCCUCUACUCCGUGUGCGUAUCUGCAUCUGUCGCCCGCCGUGCACUGCCCCUUCUGCCACAGGAAACAGAGACUCGUCUUGUAACACGCCGCUGGGCUACGCAACUCCUCAGCGCCUGGACACACACACAGACAGACAGACAGACACCAAAGAGCCAUCUCAUCUUCUUGCCUGUCUGCGUGUGGUGCACAGGGCGUGUGAGCUGCAGUCGUCACUCCUCACUCACUCACCGUGGGCGAACUGGCAGGUGGGGUCGUGACACUUCCCCUUGGCCCACAUGCCACAUAUCUUCGUCUGUGCAGACAGACAGACAGACAGACAGGGAUGGACAGACGAUGAGUGAGGGAGAGUGAAGCCGUGCCAUGCCGCGCUGUGGUGUGGUGUGGUACCUUUCUGAGGUCGGGUUGCGCUCUCAGCUCCUCAGUGCUGUGCGCGAACGUGCAGUUGGUCCCCCGCAGACACCGGUUCUCGCUGCACACACACAGGCGUCAGUGUUGCCUUGUCCGUCUGUCUGUCUGUGCGCUGUCUGCCGCGUCAUGUCCUCCUUCCUUUGUGUGUUGCCAAGCUUGCUUACAGGAAGAAUCGACAGACUUUAGUCUUGUAGCACUGCAUGGUCAUGAUUGAGGGGAAGUGUGGCGGCGUGUCGGUGGUGGUGGUGCUGACGUGGGUCGGCAACACGGCUAGCGGGUCGGAAGGGCCAGAGGGAGGGGGCGGGGCACCUGGUAGCUCAUCCACCUUGACGCACGGACUCCUCACAACAGCAACACGACGAUGAAACUCCACUCUGUUCGAUCACCAGAGGCAACUGAGUGUGUGUGUGUGUGUCGCGUGUGUAGCCCCUCCCUCUCUGUGUGCCCGUGUGGAAGUUACCUUGGCAGCUCUUCGCGGUCAAUCGCUCACACAAGCGCUCGGUCUCACGACUUCCUGCACACACAGCGCACACAAGCGCAGCCAAGGCACAAAACGUGCAUCAAGGAGGAGACACACGCACCACGGCUCACUAGAACCACAUGCACUUGUCAUCACAGCGUCACUAAGCUGAGCCUAUCUCCCCCCUCCCCCCUCCAUGAGUCGGCGGCAGCCGUCGCCACCAGGCAGAACGGAUCUCUCUCUGCCAGAUGCUGACAUGCCUCCCUCACUCUAUGUCUCGCCCUGCCCGCUCCCACCCACCCCCCUCAUCAGCCUCGGUGCCAGGUGCUCUUCCUGCCUGGUGCGUCGACGCUGUCGCAUCUGUCCCCUCCCUCCCUGCCUCUCUGCCCACCCCUCCGAGAUCAUGAACCUCACACGCCUGUCUGUGUGUCGUGUGUGGUGUUGCCUGCGUGUGCUACCUUUCAGCUUUUCCACAGCGCGUUGCUGAGCGAGCCAGAAAAGAAGCGUAUCCGCGUUGACUCCCGCG